AUGAAGACCUCAAUAUACACCGGUCUUGCUGUUGCGGCUCUCGCGGCGCCAGCCUUAGCCUACAGCAUCCCCGAGAAUGUACAAGUUUUCUACAACAAAGUCAAAAACGGAGGUUCAUGCACAGGCAGCGACCUACUCAAAGGUGGUUUCUAUGCCGUGGAAGGCGGAUCCAAGAACUUUGGGUACUGCCAAAAGUACUUCACCAACAAAGGCUUGUACCUAAAGGGUCCCAGCACCCAACUUGCCGACAUGGAUAUUGACUGUGAUGGCAAUCAACACGGCGUCGACUCCCGUUGUCAUUUAUCUGGCGAUACACAGCCAAAUACUGCCUUCAAGGACCAACUCCCGAAGUACGGCAUUUCAGAUCUUAGGGCGGAUAUCCACCCAUAUGUCGUUUUGGGUAACUACGGCAGUUACAGUCCGACAUUCCAUCCCGAAGACCACAAUAUCAAACCGCUUAGUGUAGUGGCAGUUGUUUGCAACAACAAACUGAUUUAUGGCAUCUGGGGAGAUACCAAUGGUGAUGAUGGUCCACCAUUGAUUGGAGAAAGUUCGCUCGCUGUGGGUACGGCCUGUUUCGGGCAGAGUAUGAAUGGAAACAACGGCCAUGACGCCACUGAUGUAUUGUACAUCGCUUUCGCUGGGGACCACGCUGUUCCUGGCUCUUCGGCAAACUGGAAGGCGUCGUCGUACGCGGAGUUCGCGGCUAGUAUCAAAGAGUUGGGUGAUACGCUGGUAGCUUCGUUGUAA